UGUUUGCCGAUGGACCGAACGCAGCGCAGCCAAGGAGCGAAGGAGUUCCAAUAUCGGGCAAUGAGGGCCGCUUGCUGCUUAUUGCUGUGGUGUUGUUGUGUACGGCACCAGCAGCGUGGAGAGCCGAGCCUGAGUAUUUUAUUCGCAUUUUAUUAUGUAUUAUUAUUAUAAAAUGACUAAUACAAGAAGAGCGUGCGGAGAGUGGCACAUUAUUAGCGGGCGCACAUACACCGAAAAUGACGUCGAUGAGAUCGAGAAUAAUAAAGCUCACGGCACGCGGAGACGGAGACACAUGUGGAGUGUUGUACUGAACGGGGUUUUUCGGAACGUGCUGGAGAAGCAUAAUAACACUUAGCAGUUCAGUUAACGACGCUAGGUCAACGCUAACGGAUGUGUCCCUGCUUGUAAGAUAGGAACGGGUGGCGUUAGAAAAGUACACUCAUUUGUGGUGUGGUUGUUGGCCAAUCGGUGCCAUAUCGUAGAACGGAUCGCUUCGAGGAAGGAUACUCGGACAGGUUGCUAACUAAGCUCGUCGUCCGUGCGAUACGUGUGACCACCCAUAAUCAUAUGUGCGGUGACUGAGGACACGCACCUGGUUCUGGUCAUUCUGAGCCGAGGAAUGGCGCAAAUUAUUAUUACUGUUUGAAUGGUCUACGGAAUCGUGCACAUCGUUGGGUCGCUUUUGGACUAUCGAACGACACACGGAAAGACACCAUCGUCGUCGCCGCGCGUUAAUUACCGAUAAUGAGAUAAAAGCGUACGUUGUUGAGGAGUAUCAGGCUUGGUCCCAGCGCAGUCAGUCGAUGACAAAUGGUUCUUCCCGAACAAUGUCUCAUGUGUGUGAAAUGUGAAUUUAUGGUGCAUUCGAACGUGAUUCGAUUCGCUAAUGAGUGUUGAUUUUUAAGGUGUGUACACUGAAGUGAGCAUUUAUCGUCCUGCUGUAUGCUGCAUUCAUGCCAAUGGCCGUACUUAGAAGAGCAAGUCAUUUGUGAAAUUUAUCAACUGUUGACGAAGAGCUUUGGGUGAAAUUGACGAAAAUUGUUGAAAACGAUCAGCUGUGAGCCAGUGUUAAACCGCCAAACUGAAAAUAUACCAGUGCCCACAUUGAAGAACGAAGAACGAAAGUGUUGUGUCAGGUGUCAUUUGAGCUGCUACAUUCCAGAACGAAAAGCAAGUUUUAAACCACUCAAGUCGACACCCACUCGAGACCUGAAUAAUUCAGCAAAUUGCUCGAAUAAAACGAACGCACCAUGCUUGGUAGUUGUUUUCGUUGCUGAGUGUCCGAUGUUGGAAUAUGGCGGAAGGAGCACAACCACCACCAUCAACAGGGACAUCACUACUGGAGAACAAUAACAUCCAACACAACCCUAGUAGCCAACAACACGGUGGUGCCAUCAACAUCAACAACAACAAUAAACUUUGUGGAAUGCUUGGUAUCAACAUGCCCUGUGAAGCGGCAGGCCAUGAUUUUAGCACCGUCCGAAAAGAACUAGAAUUCGCCAACUCGAUCGCGUCCCAUUACAGUGCGAGCCUAUCGUUGUCGGCAGCUGCGGAGAAGAACGAUCGCGAUCAUCAUCAGCAGCAUCAUCACCAUCGUCUGGGGAGCUACAAAAUCGAGGACCGGGAAAGAAGUGAUAAUUGCAGCCGUUCAAACAGCCCACUGGACGAGCUGAACGAGGCGUCAAACCGUUCGAAAGUGGUGGCCGCGGCAUUACGGAGCCGGGAAAAAAUGUCUCCCCUAUCCCUGUCGACGGGUGGAUCCCCGGUGACUAACCAAGCAGCAGCAGCUGCAGCAGCCGCCGCCGCCGCAGCCCAGGUGCAUCUGAAUGGAACUAUGCAAGACAUGCUGAACCUACAGAAGCUGCAGAGUUUGGCUCAGCUGUCCGGCGGGGCGGGAGUUAUGCCGGGGCUGGGUCUUCCGACGGCUGGUUUACCGUCGGCGUUACUUAAUAAUUCACCCCUGAAUCUUAGUCUUGGCGCACAAAGCCAUUCGCCUGUGAUGGGAGCACUGGGAGCUGCUUCGCAACCCCUGACAGCUGCGGCCGCUCAAAUGCCUCAGUUGAUUCUAGCAUCUGGUCAGAUUGUCCAAGGCAUCCAAGGAGCCCAACUGCUCAUACCAACGUCACAAGGAAUUGCCACCCAAACCAUUCUGACGAUCCCCGUGGGGCAACAGGUGAUUUCGAACAUGAGCAGCGAAAAUUUAUUGCAAUGUUUAAAUUUUAAUACGGUCGCAAACAAUAAUUUCAACGAGAUGCUGAACCAAUCCAGUCACCACCAUCACCACCAUCCGCACCACCCGGGCAAUGCGGCGUUUGCGGUAGCGGCCGCAGCAGCCGCCGCAGUGGCAACCCGCGAGUCCCCCGUCACAGUCAAUAGUGCAAUCAACACAACAAGUCUACUUACGAACCAAUUGGCGCUGGCCGCAGCCGCCGCAGCUAAUAGCAAUCACCACCAUCACCAUCAUCACCAGCAACAGCACCAACAGCAGCAGCAGCACCCCCAGACGCAACACCACCAAUCGCAGCAGGCCAAGCAUCUGCAUCUUGGGCUCCCGUCGGGUCAUCCUUCGACGCCUUCUUCGUCGGCGGCAUCGUCCACCAUCCACGUGGCGGACAAGUUCAAGAAUCUGUCCACUCACGAGAAAACCCCGUCAGAGCGGUCCACCCCGGAGAUGCGCAUCAAGCUGGAGUCUCCUAAGGUGCCGUCGCCCAUUUCGCUGACGCCACAAUCGCGACCUCCGAGCAACAGUUUUGCGUCGGUGUUUGAGAAAUCGCCGCAGAUGAAGCGAACCGCGUCGCCCAGUAUACCGCCCUGCAGUGGAAGCAACAGCAGUACUGGGAGCGGCGGUGGAAGUAAUAGCAGUGUCAUCAGUGGACUCAGCAGUAGUGGCGGCAGCAUUGGCCAUGGGCAGAUCCAUGUGGCUAAGAAUCUGACCAGCCCGCACCAUUCGCCGUCGGACAAUGCGAUCAGUAGGAUUACAACGUCAAACGGUGAAAUCACGGUUACCAAGUCGUCGCAAGCACCUCCCACUCCACCCCUAUCAGUACAAAAAAAUCAUCCCGCAUCGCUGCACUUCAAUCCAUCCAUCUCGCCCCAACCGUUGCUCCACCAUGCGAGAGAUCUCCACCAACAACAGCACCAGCAACAACAACAGCAGCAACAUCCAGUGCCAUCCAGCCACAGCUCGACCCAUUCCGGCCUGACAGCUGGCAUCUCGUCCUCAUCUUUAUCGUCGCCCUCCGCCCUUCUCGGAGCCGGCGACAACCAUCACCUAGCAGCGAAAGAGCAACAGGGUCUGCAGCACAAACCGUCCGCAACGUCCACCAGCACCAGCUUGAGUGCCGGCGCCACCACCAGCACCACGCCGGGAGUGAUCUCCCUCACGCUGGACGACGUCGUGGAGCAGAAGAUAUCCCCCCACUCGGCCGGUUCGUCAUCGUCCACCACCAAGCGGCAUCGAAGUCUAACGCCCCCACCGCGGAAGAUGAGUCCUGCGGGAUCGCUUCAGCACUCGCACCGGGACGAGGAUGACGACGAUGAUGACGGGGAAGACGACGACAACCAUUCCGGCGGCCACGAGUUGGAAGACUCACCAAAUGAACUUACAAUCAACCAAACCAACUGCAACGUCGUCGACGGGAUCGACCUGGACGACAUCAAGGAGUUUGCCAAGGCCUUCAAGCUGCGCCGGCUCUCGCUAGGCCUCACACAGACCCAAGUAGGCCAAGCCCUGUCCGUUACCGAGGGACCGGCCUACAGCCAAAGUGCCAUCUGCAGCGCCCUCGCCGCCCAGAUGUACUGUGCAGCCCAGCUCUCGUCGCAGCAGCAGCAAAUGUUUGAAAAACUAGACAUUACUCCCAAAAGCGCCCAAAAGAUCAAACCGGUUCUGGAGCGCUGGAUGAAGGAGGCUGAGGAAAGUCAUUCGUCCCGCUUCAAAUCGGGCCAGAACCAUUUGACCGACUUUAUUGGGGUGGAGCCUUCGAAGAAGCGGAAACGAAGGACGUCUUUUACGCCACAAGCGUUGGAAUUGUUAAAUGGACAUUUCGAGCGGAAUACGCACCCGUCUGGAACGGAAAUCACCGGGCUGGCCCAUCAGCUCGGUUACGAGCGUGAGGUGAUCCGGAUCUGGUUCUGCAACAAGCGGCAAGCCCUCAAGAACACGGUACGAAUGAUGUCGAAAAAUUUCAAAAUGGAAAGCUCGUAAGCAGGGUCUUUGUUUUUCGGUUCAAUAAACGCGGAUUUAGUUUCGUUACAAACACGUGCCAUUUGUUUUGAACAUAGUUUAGUUUUGCUUGAACUUUGAAAAACUUUUUUAUGGAAAUUUUAGUGAAAUUUAUUGAUUGAGAGAAAGAAGUUGCUAUUUAUUUUAAGAGCACAAAAUAUUCAUCACUUUAUUAGUUCAAUUAGAGCAGCUGCGAAACCGUACUUUCUAAUAGUUUUUGAUUAAGUUAGAAAUGAUGCAACCAAAGUUCCUAUGAAAUUAAGUAUAAGAGUUAUAAAACAAAUGAUGCUAACACAUUUUAUAAUGAGCAAACAAUAUAGUACUAGUUGUAUGAAAUUGAUCGAUUUACGUUUAUCUAACUUUCCCACAUUCUUCUUUGUUUGAACAGUUGAAAAUUACUCAGUAAACAAAGUUUCGGACUCACGAAAGGUGCCAAAAAAUCUUCAUCUACGUCAGCAGAACGUGCCAUAGCGCUUAGUUGCAAUUGUUUUUGAGAACUUUAAGGAACAAAAGCCAUCGUAUAGUUUAGUUUUAUCCAGAUGUGAAAUAUGAGAAAAUAAGUAUUCUUCAUGACAUGAAUACAAAAAAGAAACAAUUCAAUUAUUUCUUAAACUAAAGUAAAACGAGAAAAGUUCACAUUUGUAAAAGGAAUUUGUGUAUAGUGAGUCUGUGAACAGCAUAAAACGAUACGAUUAAGAAAACCACAAAAAAAACAAAAUGAAAAUAAAUUGGCAGUACUGAAAAACAAAAACAUUUACAUCCCUGAUUGGCAGCGAUCCCUGAUUCGAAAUUGUCCCUCAUUCAUGAUUCGAUCGUCCCUGUGUAACGUAUUCGUAAACAUCGUCACAAUUAGCAGAAGACCAGAAAAAUGGCGUCAAAUGGUAGCUUUUGUAUCUGCACCAUAGAUCUGAUCGGAAAAAUUCACACCUCAUCGUGAUAGGAUUUCAGUCAUGCACGUAAGCAAACACUAAAUCGGUUCAUAUUGGGUCUAAAUUGUAAAUAUAGUCACCAAAUCGGGAAACAAAAUCGUCCUAAUCGCUGUCAUAACUCGCAAACCCGGUGUGUACAUUUGUCUCCUCUGUACGUACCAUACCUUGUAGAGAUCCCCAUUCAAAUCAGAAUAUUUAAACGUCAAGAAUACAGAAGACAUGCGCCUCAUAGAAUUAGCUGUUUAAGAUGAGUGUUUAGUACCCCCGAUAAAGGCAGAGGAGCAUAUUUGAUGUGAUAUGUAACAUAUACGAAAUACUUGUAUAGAUUUUGACCAGUGAUCACAGAGAGGAAAUAAUUUCUUUACCGAAAUCGGAAACACAGAUCAACUCACCCACUAAUUCAGAUCACCCACAAGAAACACA